CAUCACGCCGGGUGUCUUGUUCGGUUUUGGCGAUGACGGGGAGAGGAGAUUUCCCGCGCACGUUCCAGACGAUUACGACAUAGCGUAAUAACCUUUUGGCAUUUUAGUUUGAUAUGGAUUUCUGAAUACGCUGCUGUUGUUGUGCAUCACUAUCUUCCACGCAGUGCGGAUUCCAUUCAGAUCUUUGAGCUUCCGUUUGCUUUGAGGAUUAGAAACUACUAAACGUACCAUGUGAAACGAAAAACAGAUCCAAGUUGAGACGAGAGGAGCUGAAGAAGGAAGCCGAAAGGACAACACACGAGCAGGCCUUCAAGGGACCGGGCUACGGCAACAAGACUUUCGACGGGAACGAAGUCUUCCAUUGCGACGUGCCCUACGGCAUUCCGAGACCAGAUGUAGAGAGCACUGCGAAGAAGGUAUCGAGUCAAUCUAUCAUUUGGAAAUGCAAUUGAACUUUAGAAAUAUGCCCCUGAUGCUUUUUUUUGUGAAGAUGUAUAAAUAUGUAGAGGAGGUCACUGCAGAGAGCCCUCGUCCAUGCUUUUUUCCACUCGCAUGCACAGGCUGUCCAUGAAGCGCCUUUCCGACCCAUCGGUGGUAUGAAGGAAGGACACGACGCCUACAUGGGCUACAUAAAUAGCGACGGCGACACAAGAAGCUUUCCCCACUGGAUGCCUGAUCCCAUUCCUGCGCCGAGAAAACGA